AUGGACGCCGGCGCCGCCACCACCGCCCGGGAGCGCCCCGCGCCGCCCUCGCCGGUGCCGAUGGCGAUUCCGCUGCCGGUGCCACUGCCGCAGGCGUCGGCGGACCCGUCCAACCCCUUCCCCACCACGUUCGUGCAGGCCGACACCACCUCCUUUAAGCAGGUGGUCCAGAUCCUCACCGGCACGCCGGAGACCGCGGCGGCCGCGGCGUCGGGCGGGGCGCAGGCGUCGCCGCCGGCCCCGCAGAAGCCAGCGCCCGCGCCCCCGGGGCCCAAGAGGCCGGCUUUCAAGCUCUACGAGCGGCGGAGCAGCAUGAAGAGCCUCAAGAUGCUCUGCCCCCUGCUCCCGGCCGCCGCCGCCUUCGCCGCUGGCGGCUUCGCCGGAGGCUUCUCCCCGCGCGGGUUCUCGCCGCGCGGCCUCGAGGUGCUGUCGCCCAACAUGCUGGACUUCCCGUCGAUGGCGCUCGGGAGCCCCGUCACGCCGCUGCCGCCGCUGCCGGGGUCCGAGGAGGCCGCCGCCGCCGAGGACCGCGCCAUCGCCGAGAAGGGGUUCUACCUCCACCCGUCCCCGCGCGGCAAUGCCGGCGCCGGCGGCGACCUGCAGCCGCCUCCCAGGCUGCUCCCGCUCUUCCCCGUGCAGUCGCCGACCGGCCGGCCGUGA